UCGUCGACAUUUCAGAAAAGUUGCAAAGUUUUUAAUGAGUUAAACUAAGUUUUAAAAGUUGAUAAAAAUGUGUUAAAUAUAUUUUAAACAUCUAGUAUUAUGACUAGAAUGUGCGAAAAAAGUUUUUAUUAAGUUGUGGUGUGUACUAAGUUGUAUAACUGUUUAUUAUUUUGUGUAGGUGGCUAUCUAUGUGGAUCAGUUUGUUCUAAUGUGAAAGUGUAUUUUCGCAUAAAAUUUAGAUCCCAUUGUUCAAACUUUCCGGGUGACUGUUAAGAAAAUGUGCCAGUGCCUUGCGUAAGACAUCGUCAGGACUCGUAAUGCAUUGUGCUUGGUAAAACUUUUUAAAACUUCUCGAAACAAAUCAGAUUGAAAAAUGAAUGUGCCAUCACAAGAUAAUAUCCGUCUGCUUUCAUCGGACGAGGGCGGUGGUAGCUCCGACAGUCGAUCGGAUAGCAGCGAAGACGAGGUGACCGAGCACGUGACGGCGACACCACCACCGAUUAUGGCUGCGGCUAGAGCACAGGUGCCCACUAUAAGUGUGACGCCGCAUAGUCCGGGGGUAUUGGACGACAGUCUUCAACAGUUGCGUCGGUUGCACGCGGCCGUGCAGCGGAUGAGGGCUGCGCCUUUGCCGCUAUUGGCAACAGGCACCAGCAGACUGAGUACGUCGUGUCCAUCGUUGACCAAAGAUGGCGUCGUUGAAACCGAAUGUUCGUCACCAACGCAUUUGGACUUCUACCCACAGAGCAGAAAGGGCAGCGGGGAAUCGCGACAAUGGAUAUCAUGGGAGCGGCGCGAUGAAGGCCGGCGCAGUUCGUGGGCCGCGCUCGAACCGGCGCCGCCCUGCGAGCAGCGACAUAGAGGGGCUCUUAACGGGCACAGUGCAUCGCUAUCGUCGAUGGAAUCGGAGGGCGAAGUCCCGCGUCCGGUGCGACACUCGACACACUCAUUAAAUGACAAUGAUCUCGCUAAAGAGUUCGAGAAGGUAACAGCUGCCCUCCGCGGCGCAACCACCGCGCUGCCGUCCAGCACGAGCUCGCGGCUGCUGGCGCGGCUGCCGCUGCAGAAGAGCGUCUCCACCCCCAGCAUCGUCGCCGCCGUGCAGCCGCCGCAGCCGCCGCCGCCCGCCAAUGUCCUGUCGGCGGGCGGUGCGAGCGAGACGGAGAGCGACGAGGACGCGUCCGCCGCGACGGUCGGCGCGCCGCAGCUCGUCGGCCGCAGGAACAACGCGCACCAGGAGCACCUGGGGCUGCAUCGUCUCGCUUUCCUCGAGCAAGCGGCGUACGACCACCAUGCUGAAAAACGACGGAAGCGAGGCAGUUUAUUCUUCAGAAAGAAAAAGGACAAAUCUCGCAAAGCGGCGCACGUGUGGCAGGCGGCGGUGGCCGGCGGCCACUGUGACUGGUGUCAACGCGAAGUUGCUGAUAAACCGGCCUUGUAUUGUGAAAAUUGUACAAUGACGGUGCAUCAGAACGUCUGUAAAGAUUAUAUUGUGGAGUGCAAUAAACCGAAAUCAUCGAAGACAACAGUAGGAAAAUCUUUAAGUGCCAGCAGCGGAAAGAGCAGCAAACGAAGUUCCGUUUCCGGCCAAUCGCAGAACUCAAAUAGCACAAGUAUUUACAAUGACGAAAAGGACGGCUCUGAUCAUAAACACGAUCAAAGCAAUGCAUCGGACGACGGGGUCACAGAGUGGCCGGAAGUUUAUAUAACUCCAGACCAAUUGGGCGAAGAGGCGAUACUAUUGGGCCUCGGUGCGUCGGAACCUGAGACGUGGGCGGCUGGGGCACCUAAAGGAUUAGCGAAGUCGCUAGGGGAGAGAGAGACAAAACGACAGGAGCACAUUUACGAGUUAAUAUUGACGGAGAAACAUCACUGCUUGACAAUACGACUCAUGCAAAGGAUGUUCGUCGAAGGCAUGACCCGGCUGGCCGGCAUAUCGGACUCGCAGGUGGGCCGCAUGUUCCCGCGGCUGGACGAGCUGUGGCAGCUGCACGCGGCGCUGCUGGGCCGCCUGCGCGCGCGCCAGCGGGCCGCGCCGCGCGUCGCCACCGUCGCCGACAUCCUCGCCGACGCCUUCGCGCACGACCACCGCGCGCUCUAUCCAGGUGAAUUCUGCUCAAGGCAUCGCGACGCCGUGGAGGUGUUCAAGGAGUGUUGCGCCCGCGAGCCCAAACUCGCGAGAUUCAUCCGGAAGUGCCAACAGAAUCCGCUUCUAAGGAAAAAGGGUGUGCCAGAAUGCGUAUUAUUCGUGGCGCAGAGGCUAACGAAAUAUCCACUGCUGUUGGAACCGCUUCUGAAAACCGCAGGUGAAGAUCUCACGGAGAGGGAGUUGUUGCAAAAAGCGCUUUGUGGUGUUAAGGAGAUCUUAGUGGACGUGGACAAUCAAGUGGCCGCCAAAGAAAGGGAAGAUAGAAAGUUGGAGAUUUAUCACAAGAUAGAUGCGAAGUCGUUUGCUAAUUUCCGCGGGAGAAAAUUCAAGAAGAGCGACAUUUUACAAGGCAAUAGAAGUCUCAAAUUCGAAGGUGUGGCAACACUAAUGCAGGGCAGGAGCAAAAUGCAGACGUUGCUUGUGAUCGUCCUGACCGAUGUUCUGUUCUUUCUGCACGACAAUAACAACAAAUACACCUUCUUUACGCCCGAUAAUAAGACGGGCGUGGUGUCGCUGUGCAAGGUGCUGGUGCGCGAGAAGGCGGGCGCGGAGGGGCGCGGCCUGUACAUCAUCUGCAGCGGGCCCGCCGACCCCGAGAUGUUCGAGCUGCGCGUGCACCGCCCCAAGGACAUCGCCGCCUGGAUACACGCCAUCCGGGCGGCGGUACAGAUCUGCCCGGAGGAGGCGGAGGAGUGCGAGGGCGGACCGCACGCGCCCUCCGCGGAGGAGAAGCAGCGGCUGCUGGACGCCCGCCACGAGAACAUUAGACUGAUCACCGACGAAACACCUCAUCGGCACAUUGAAGAGGCACUGCGAGCGAAGGACAAAGAGCACGCGGUACUUCUGGAGGAAAAAAUGGCGUUGCAUAUGAAGAUGUUCGGACACACAGGCGGAUCGACGCUCGAGCUACCGAACACGGGCGUGACGACCGUGUUCCCGGGCGGGCUGGCGUUCCCGGAGUACGUGCGCGUGUCCGCGCCCACGGCCGACACGCACGCGCUGUGGCAGGAGGUGUGCCGGGUCGUUAAGGACGCGCUGGAGGUGUGCAGCGCGUACAGCGCGUGCGCGCCGGCGGGCGCGGGCGGCGCCGGCGUGGGGCGCAGCACCAGCUCGGCGGGCGAGCGCCACUCGCACGCGUACGAGAGCCCCGCGCUGCCGCGCCGCGCCGACACCUUCGCCGGCUUCGACAAGCACCGCGCCGGUGUGCGCAUGUCAACAGACACGCCGACGGAGGGCGAAGGCGAAGGCGAAGCGAAGGCGGACGGUGCGAGAGAAGCGGCGCUCAAACUGCAGCACGCUAUAUACACGCUCACGUGUAUCGUGUGGCAACAGCUGACUACUAUACAUAGCCUAGAGGCGCAGGUGUGCGCGUGGCGCUCGAGCGGCGGCAGCGCGGCGCGCACGCACGACGCGCAGCUGGAGGAGCUGCGCCACGCGCAGGCGCGCCUCACCGCCGAGCGCGCCGCCUGGGAGGCGCAGCGCGGCGCCGACCGCCACGCGCUCGCGCAAGAAAAACGACAAUUGCAGUCGAUGCGGCAGGAGUUGGAGGAGCAACAGAAAGACGUGGAGCAGCAACGCGAGAGGCUUUAUAGGAGAUUGGAGAGGCUGCAGCAACAUGGCGGCUCACAAGAAGAAAUAGCAAGUGUGGGCACAUUAUCGCCGGAUUCCAGCGUCAGCGAUACGAAUAGACGGAAGGAACCUAAAUGGCGAAAUACGCGUGGCUCAACGGGCUCAGAGUCCGUAGCGAGCGUGUGCAGUGCGCGCGGCAAUCCGCUACCGCCGCCGCAGUUACUCUCCGCCCAGAACGAAACGAGGGCCAUUGUGAGGGCACCUGUACAGCAAAUGGUCAAACAACAGCUGCCAUUGAAAUUGGCGAGCGGUAAAUCGCAACAACCGCCGCCUGGAUACCACCGCUUGCACGAGUCUCCCAGCGAUCACAACCAAGGCUUAGUAAUACAGCACACACGCACAGGGAGCUCGCCGGCGCAGAUGCCCUCGCAGCAGCCGGCUAACAACAAGGCCACAAGAACGAACACAUACCCCAAGCUGCCGGACAAGUUCCGCGUCCGUUCCCCCGAACCGACCCCCCUCGCGAACCCUCCCGUCCCCCCACACAACCCCCAGGUCCCUCCCCACGUGCCCCCAGAGGAGGAGGUGAUCUACUUCUGA